AUGAAGUCAUCUUGGGGUCUUUUUGCUGUCGUCCAGUUGCUUACCACCAAGCUUUUGGUAGCUGGUGCGCAGGACAGGACGCAGCAUGUAAAUCUCUUCAUUGGCACCGAGGGCCCAGAUCCGGGCACAUCAUAUAACUCUGGAAAUGUCUUUCCUGGAGCCAGUCUGCCUUUUGGUGCAGUCAAGGUUGGGAUUGAUACUGCCGAGUUGAAUGUCUCGUUUACUGCGAACGGCGGCUACACCCCAGACUCGAAUGUCACUGCCAUCACGAUGUUACACGAAAGCGGCACUGGCGGAGCACCAACCUACGGACUCAUACCUCAGAUGCCACUCGCCAGCCUUCAAGACGUCAAUGUACUAGACAAUCUGACAUACAUGCAACCGAGGACCUCCCCGGACGUGGCUGAGGUUGGAUACUAUAAGACUCAGUUACAAAACGGCGUUACUGCUGAAAUGAGUGCUGCUAUGCAUGCUGGAAUAAUCAAAUACACAUACCCUGAAAACGCAGAUGGGCACUACGUUUUAGUAGACGUUAGCCAUUAUCUUCCAAGCACUGGAGAUAAAGGUCAAUUUUAUAGCAAUGGAAGAAUUGAGCGCAGCAACGACGGUACAUCUUAUUCGGGCUAUGGCGUAUAUCGAGGGGGUUGGUCCUCUGGGGGUGAUUAUCGAGUAUACUUUUGUGCCCAGUUCGAUUCUACCCCGUCACAAUCUCAGCUCUUUUCCGGGAGAGCAACAGAUCCAUACUGGCCAAGCACAACGAAUUCCACGGCGACUUUUACCAACGAGAUCAGCAUCGAUGGUGGAGUCGUAGGAUAUCAAUAUGCUGAUAGGGUCGGGGCUUUAUUUGAAUUCCCGUCCAAUAUCACGACAGUUCAAUCCAAAGUUGGUGUAUCAUGGGUCUCGACAGAUAAGGCGUGUCUAUUCCUCGACGAAAUUCCGCACUGGAAUUUAGAACAUGUUCGAGAUGCCGCCAAGAACAAAUGGAACUCGGACGUCUUCUCCAAGAUAAAUGUCACGUCAACGAACCAUACCGAAUUGGAAAUGUUCUACACUGCCAUGUAUCAUGCUCACUUACUUCCUUCGAACAGAACUGGAGAUAAUCCAUACUGGGAAUCGGAUGAACCGUAUUAUGACGAUUUCUACACCAUCUGGGAUACAUUCAGAUGCCUCCAUUCCCUCUAUGUGCUAAUUCAACCCAAGACGCAAAUCGAGAUUGUUAGAGCUCUAAUAGGUAUAUGGCGAUUCGAAGGGUUUAUGCCGGAUGGACGAAGUCACAACUUUAACGGGCGAGUACAAGGCGGCUCUAACGCCGACAAUGUACUCGCCGAUUCUUACGUGAAGGGCCUUCGAGGCGGUAUCAAUUGGACAGAUGGUUACGCGGCCAUGAAGAGCGAUGCAGAUGACCUACCUUACAACAAUUUUGACCCUGAGGAUUUGACUGGAAGUACGAAGGAAGGUCGAGGCGCGCUUCGGGACUGGAGGCAGUACGGAUACGUAACUCCCAACUUUGGACGAUCUCUGAGUAAGACCGUUGAAUAUUCAUUAAACGACUUUUCGGUGUAUCAGGUUGCUCGGGGAGAAGCACCAGACGACGCUGCGAAAUACCUCAAUGGUUCUGCGGGCUGGCAGAGGACCUGGGCCACAAACGUAACCUCGCUAAACUUCACCGGUUUUUUGGCGCCUACGUGGCCGAAUGGUAGCUAUCAAGAGUAUGAUCCAAUAUCAUGCGGCUUCUGCGAAUGGAGUAGUAUAACCUACGAGGGCGUUCCAUGGGAAUACUCUUGGACUGUUCCGUUUGACAUGGAGUCGUUGAUCUCCCUAAUGGGAGGGCCAACAAAGGCGGAGUCAAGAUUAGACACUAUGUUCGUACCGGGUCUUGCAGGAUCAAAUGUAGGCGGCAAUGGCGCGGGCACGACUAUCUAUAAUCCAGGCAAUGAGCCCAGCUUCAUGACACCGUUUUUGUACAACUACUUCCCAAAGCGGCAGCAUAAAUCAGUCCAGCGGUCACGGGAGGUCGUCGAUCAAUUCUACCACACGGGACCAUCGGGAAUCCCGGGAAACGAUGACGCUGGUGCGAUGAGCAGUUGGCUGAUAUGGAAUUUAAUUGGCCUCUACCCAGUUGUCACGCAACCAGUAUAUCUGAUCCUUUCUCCCCGGUUCGAUAAUAUCAGUGUAAGUGUUGGGGAGUCCGGCACCUUUCUAAGCAUUAAGGCUACGGGGUUAAUGGAAGGGCCGUAUAUUCAGAGCUUGAAAGUUAAUGGACAGGCAUGGAACCGAAGUUGGGUUAGUCACGAAGAUAUCGUCCGACCAGACGGAGAGGAUAGUGUCUUGGAAUUUCAACUUGGCGCGAAAAAAACUGCGUGGGAUUAUGGUGAUGUGCCACCUAGUCCAGGGCAUUAUAAAAUGUUUUAA